GGCCAGCACAAUCAAUCAAUCUCUUGAUUUGAUUUCCUAAUAAUCUGAUGAUGCACUUUGGAGAUUCUUGAGAUCUCCUGUAUGUGAACAUCGACUUUUUAUCCCGACCAUACCAACCCAGUUAUCACAUAUUCAAGCAAACUUUUACCGGUGUAUUGAUACCCAAGACUUAUCUGGGAAGGGAAAAUAGUUUGUCGGUAAUAGGAGUAUCGGCGUAUCAAUUAUCUUUGAAGGAAGUGGGUUGUACCAAAAACCACAUCAGGUAUUCCACCAGACAAUUCGGUACCGCAAAACGAAUCUUCUAAAAGGACGGAAACCUUCAAUUCACAUUACUAUUUUACAAAAGCUUGUCGGCCCAACGACAAUGACCAGAUGUCUAUUCUUUCCAUUGAACGCUUUUGUUAAUCUACUUCCUUAAUCUACACCACUUCCAAAAGUAUCCAUUCUUCGACGACCCCUCUGCCAACCUGGGAUUUCGACAUUGUCCAAUCUGGACAUAUACGCUCAUUUCCGCGAUUUGAUUUACAAUUAACGCAUACCUUUCAUGGCUACUGCGCCAAUGACGACAGAUCCAUCGAGGCUGUCAUUCGCAAAGGUUGCCGCUUCAGCUGGGAAGGAUAAUGUAGCUCUCGCUUCGUUCGCAAAAAUUGCUGCUUCUUCAACUUCUGUACGAGAUACGAGAUCUGAAAACAUAGCUCCAACUGUACAUAAAAACAAAGACACAAAUAUGCCUAGUGCUACACGCAAUGAUACUGGCAGUAUGGCCACUCUCAAAGAGACGGGCACAUCGACAAACGAUCAAUCCUCAAAGAAGAGGACAAUUACCGAGAGCAAACCUACGGCUGCUAAGAAGGAAUCGGAUUUGGCAGAUGCGGUUAAAGCGAUGCACAUUCGUGAUAUCACACCAAGCCUUGUUGUAAAUGGUUCAGGGAUUGCACCUCCAACCCACAAAAGAGAUUUGGGAGAAGGAUUCCCAGAAGAUCCAUUUCAGAGAACAGAAUCUGGGUCCGACCUAGGAACGAAGCCUCCAAGUUUGGAUGGAAAGAGCAUUACCUCAGGCACAACGUUCGCUUUGGACGAGAAGGAGUCUUUACGUCCCGAUGACAGCGCGAGCGUAAAAGCAGCCGAAGAUGAUGAUACAUUUUCUGGUCGCGGUUCCAUUGUUGCUGGUUCUAGAAUUGGAUCUGAAGCAGCUGCAAGAGCUUAUCGUGCACAGUUCUAUGAGGCUCCUGAUCGACGUAGUAUACAACUCAUGCAGGAGCGUCAAACUCAGGGCAUUGUUACUCCUCAAAGUGGUUCCUCUGGGCAGCAAACCACGGAUGAUAAAUCCAAGCCGCUUGUAGGCCCAUCAGGAUCAACUGAAGCAGCAUUUACACUCUUCUAUCGCCAGACUCCCGACGAAAAGCUUUUGGAGGCAUUAGAGUCGCCAAAAGACCGCAUCUUUCUCCUUCGUCUCGAGAAGGAUGUUAUCGAGUUUGUGAAGGACUCCAAGGAACCUUUCAUUGAUCUCCCACCGUGUAACUCCUUUUGCAGAAUGCUGACUCACAAGUUGGCGGAUUACUACCACAUGACACAUCAAGUCGAUGCUGUAGUUGGAGCAGUCCGUAUUUUCCGAACACCAUUUUGCAGGAUUCCGCCAUCACUAACAAGCAUUUCCAAUCCUCCUACUACUGGAAAUACCCCACCUCCCAAUCUACCUGCAAUGAAGAUCAUGCGUAGAGGUGGUGAUGGUGACACUGGACCGAGCCCCUCAAAAGCUACUUCCGAGACUGGAAGCGAUGGCAAGGAAAAGGCACAGUCCGCUAAAGAGAAACUUUCGCGAGAGGAGCGAGAAGCCGUUUAUCUUGCGGCUCGAGAAAGAAUUUUCGGCAAAGAAGACAAAUCUGGCGAGGCUACACCAGAAACCGACGAGGGUAACGAGAUGUCACGUUCCAGCUCUGUUUCUACAAAGGAUAAAGGCAAGAGGGGUAAAGUUGGAAAACAGCGUCGUGAUGACUCUGAAAGCUUCGACGUUCGAUCUCAAUACACUCCCUACUUUCCACAACAACAAAAUCAGCCGGCCUGGAUCCCCACCCAGAAUUUCGGCGCAAUGGGAGUUCAGCAAUACAAUGGCGUCAUGCCAAACAAUUAUCAAAACCAGAUGCAACCUCAAUAUGCUCCACCUCCGCAACCAUUUAAUCCUGCUAUGAUGAGCAAUGGAAACAUGCAACCAUACAAUAAUAUGACACCACCGCAAUUUCCUCAGCAAAGUCAGCCACGUUACCAACCACAUAGCGCUCCAAUUACGACUUACGGCACACCUGCACAGUCCCCUCAACCUCCCCAACAAUGGAUUCCACAGAAUCAAUACCCAGGAGGCCAGUAUCAGUCACGAGGACCUGUUGCAGGAGGACCACCUAACACUAUCCCUUACGCUUUUGGACAACUACCCAGCACGGUAAACCCAGCCGAUCCCAAAAGUCAACACCCGAUUCCGGGAAGUUUCAUUAAUAGACAUGCCUUCAAUCCAAAGACGCAGUCGUUUGUUCCUGGCAGUCAAGGUCUUCCUAUCCCGCAGCCCAUGUCUCAUCAUGGAUCUCCUCACCAUGGUUCCCCACACCAUGGAUCUCCUCAUCUCUCUUACAGCAACUUCUCUCCACCUCAGCAACAAUACGGGGCUGGAAUGGGUUAUAGCAUGGCGAGACAAGGGUCUAAUAGCUCUUUACCCUCGUAUCAUGCAUCUCCACACAUGGCACAUAGACCAAUGAUGCAUCAGAAUAUGCCGCAAGGUCUUCCUCAAGGCCUUUCCCAAGGUCACCUUCAAGGCUUACCACAAGGUUUGCCACAAGCUAUGCCACAUGGUAUGCCACCAGGAAUGCCACAGGGCAUGGUUCCAAAUGGUCAAGUUGGAAGCCACCUUCCUAACUUUGGCAACCCGGCAACUUUACCUCCAAAGCCUCCAACUGGUGUUUAGGUGUCUUUUGAGGAAUUGCGGAUACAUUCUGUGAUGAAUAAACGGUGGCGUAUGGUAGCAUUGGUGGAGUUAGUGGGAAAUGUGGGCAUUAAAACGAAAGUCAUUUUAAGUACCUGGUUUAUAUUGGCUGAUAGACCUAUGAUUACAAAUACAAUACAUUUGAUUACACCA